UGGAUAAUUUUUGUAUUUUUGGUGGAGACGGGGUUUCCCCAUGUUGGCCAGGCUGGUCUGGAACUCCUGACCUUAGGUGAGCCCAGUCCGUUUGUUUUAACCACCCCCUAUUGCUCCUUUUCUCAUACCACAAUUUCUCUCUUCCCUGUCAGUAAAUAUUUAGGCUUCCAAUUUUCCCAUGCUAAAGUUUAAGAGAAUCACUGAAAGAAUGAAAACAAUGUGUAGUUUUCAUUUUCAACCGGCUGUUACUACAGAGGAAAGUUACUGGCUUUGUUUACAUUUCUUAGAUCUAGUCAUUUUAACAAAUUAGUCCUCCCAAAAUGCUGGGAUUGCAGGCGUGAGCCACGCACCCAGUAAAUAAUUAUAUUGCCAAUGAAUAAUGAGUGUACUUAUUCUGAAUUUUAACAUUAUCUCAAAAAAAAGGUUAUAGAAAUAUUUUAGGAAAUUAUGCAGUAAGUAAAAGGAAGACUCUAUAACAAAAUAAUGAUAGCAUCGGGUUAAAAAUCAGCGGAGGCCAUAGGAGAAAGUAAACUCCUGCGCGUCCGCCCUGAGGCAAGUCCACGGGGCUAAUAACCCGCUACCCGCGGCAGCUCCAGCAUUGGGCUGGGUAAGCGCGGGGACUCCGCGCACGCGCACAUCCGUCUCCCGGCAGCCGCGCAAGCGCAAUCGCCCGGAACAUGGCUGCCGCCGGCCGCCAACUUACACAUGGAGUUCCGCCACGUUGACCAGGUUGGUCUUGAACUCCUGACCUCAAGUGAUCUGCCUACCUCGGCCUCCCACGGUGCUGGGAUUACAGGACUGAGCCACUGCACCUGGCCCCAGGGCAUUGUCUGAGUGACAUCAUGUUCUUCUUGGUGUGUCAUGUCAGGAAGCACGUGAGGCUGGUGGUGAUCAGACUUCUGUCAUGUGGUUAAAGUGCUCUCGCCGGGAUCCUCCACUUUUUCCCUUCUGUAAUUGAUAAGCCAUUCUAGAGAUGAGAUGGCUGGAGCCGUGUGGAUGGGCAUAAAUGGCUAAUGUCCAGCAGCCAUCGAUGUCAAGUAUCCACGCACCUGGCCUGAGUGGAUCCCUCUGCCUUUCAGAGAUAGAGCUUCAUGUACCUAAGCCUGCAUUUUUCUUUUUGCAGUUUGGGAUAUGAGAUUGAAAAUGACAACUCGGAAUAUUCCUGAGAGAGAAGUACCCUGUGAUGUAGAAAUGGAAGGAUUCACAAGGGAAGCUCCCUGCUUGUCCAUUUUAGGUGAUGGUUGGGACUGUGAGAACCAGGAGGCACACUUGAGUCAAUCAGCUUUAACUCUGGAGAAACCAGGGACUCAGGAAGCAAUCUGUGAAUAUCCUGGUUUUGGGGAGCAUUUGAUUGCAAGCUCAGACCUUCCACCAUCUCAGAGAGUUCUGGCAACCAAUGGUUUCCAUGCACAUGACUCAAAUGUUAGUGGUCUGGAUUGUGACCCUGCCUUACCCAGCUGUCCUAAAAGGUAUGCAGCUAAGAGAACUGGUGACAGUGAUGCCUGUGGAAAAACCUUCAACCAUUCCAUGGAAGUUAUUCAUGGAAGAAAUCCAGUGAGAGAGAAGCCCUACGAAUAUCCUGAAAAUGUUAAGUCUUUUAAUCAUUUUACCUCUCUUGGUCAUCAAAAAAUAACGAAAAGAGGCAAGAAACUGUAUGAAGGUAAGAAUUUUGAGGACAUCUUGACCCUGAGCUCAUCGCUUAAUGAAAACCAGAGAAAUCUCGCUGGAGAGAAACAGUAUAGAUGUACUGAAUGUGGCAAAUGCUUCAAACGGAACUCUUCUCUUGUUUUGCAUCACCGAACUCACACCGGAGAGAAGCCUUAUACUUGUAAUGAGUGUGGAAAGUCCUUCUCCAAGAACUACAACCUGAUUGUGCAUCAAAGGAUCCACACAGGAGAGAAGCCCUAUAAAUGUAGUAAAUGUGGGAAAGCUUUCAGUGAUGGGUCAGCUCUGACGCAGCACCAGAGAAUUCACACAGGUGAGAAACCUUACGAAUGCCUGGAAUGUGGAAAAACCUUCAACCGAAAUUCAUCCUUAAUUUUGCACCAAAGAACUCACACAGGGGAAAAACCAUACAGAUGUAACGAGUGUGGAAAACCCUUCACGGACAUCUCCCACCUUACAGUGCAUCUCAGAAUCCACACCGGUGAGAAGCCCUAUGAGUGUAGCAAAUGUGGAAAAGCUUUCCGGGAUGGCUCAUACCUCACCCAGCACGAGAGGACUCACACUGGAGAAAAGCCCUUUGAGUGUGCAGAGUGUGGGAAAUCCUUCAACAGAAACUCUCACCUCAUUGUGCAUCAAAAGAUCCAUUCUGGGGAGAAACCCUAUGAAUGUAAAGAAUGUGGCAAGACUUUCAUCGAGAGUGCAUACCUCAUCAGGCACCAGAGGAUUCAUACUGGCGAGAAGCCCUAUGGCUGCAACCAGUGUCAGAAACUUUUCAGGAAUAUCGCUGGCCUCAUUAGGCACCAGAGGACUCAUACUGGUGAGAAGCCCUAUGAGUGUAAUCAGUGUGGCAAAGCCUUCAGGGACAGCUCCUGUCUGACCAAGCACCAGAGAAUUCACACUAAGGAAACGCCAUAUCAGUGUCCAGAAUGUGGGAAGUCCUUCAAGCAGAACUCUCACCUGGCAGUACAUCAGAGACUCCAUAGCAGGGAGGGUCCCAGCCAGUGUCCUCAGUGUGGAAAAACAUUCCAAAAGAGCUCAUCCCUUGUUCGACAUCAAAGAGUACACCUGGGAGAGCAACCCAUGGAAACAUAAUAGUUUAGGGCCACAUGAGUCUUCCAGUUAGUUCUCAUGCCUGUGUUUAGGAGGCGUGUCUUACAUCUGACUCCUCUCUGGUCAGUAGAAAAGAAUCCUUUAAGCUAUCCAGUGAAUUGAUGAAUGUGAGACAUUGCUGAGCCACACUGUUAAGUCUGCUCAUUGGGGAACUCAGGAGACAACUUAGGAUGGUAGUAAAUGCAGAAAAGUCUGGGGGAUGAUUCAGUCUGUACCAGACAUGACAGCACACACACUGGAAUGAAACGCACAAACAUGGGGGUGACACUUCCUACAGAGAGAGCCUGUGAAUGCAUUCAGAACAUGAUUGGAAUGAAGAGCCCUGUAGUAGGGAGUUUCCACCUUGUGCAUCAGCAAACACUGAAUCAACUUUUUUUUUUUUUUUUCCAGACAGAGUCUAGCUGUGUCACCCAGGAUGAAGUGCAGUGGCACGAUCUCCACUCACAGC